AUGCGAUACUCCGCAGCUUAUUUACUUGCUAUCUUAGGUGGUAAUCCAUCACCAGAUGUUGCUGCAAUUGCCAAGAUUAUGGGUAGUGUUGGAAUCGAAUGUGACGAACAACGUGCUCAAAAAGUAAUCGAUGCCUGCAAAGGUAGAGAUGUUAACGAAGUUAUUGCUGAGGGCUUGAAAAAAAUAGAUGGUAUUGGAUUGACAAGUCCACCUAUGGUAACUCCUACACCUACACACAACCAAACAGGUGUUCAUACAGAACCAUCGGUCAACAACGAUGUUGUAAAUUCAGGCACUAGCACACCUUCAACUCCUGGUAGCGAUCCAGGUAUGGUAAGUCCUUGGUUUUACAUCAUAAUUUUUAUUUUAAUUGAUACAUUUUUGUUUAUUUUUAACAGUUUGACUUAUUUGAAUAAUGGAAAAUAUCAAAUAUUGACCAUAAUCAAAGUGAGCGGCAAUUUUAAAUCAAGUUUCAAUGAUCUUUUUUUAAUUGUUGUUGUGAAAAAAAUAAUAAAAUUUGGGGUCAUUCAUUCAAAUAUGAAAUAUUGCGUUAAUCAUACUCGAUCAAAUAUAUUAGCUGUUGAACUGUCAUAGGUAUUAACAAGUGAUCGAAAAAUAACUGAAUUAAAAUGUUCAUUCAUUUUUUAGCUUCUGAAAGAAAUCUGUAGAAAUUGGAAAAUAUUGGAUUAGAAUUAGAAUUUCAUAUUCUUUUCGAAUAUAAAUUGCCAAUUUUUGUAUUAAAUUUGAGCCAACAUUUUUAGAGACCUGUAAAUUAACCUAGCACGAACUUCAGCGCAGAAAAACUAGCUAGAAUAGAAGCAAAAAUUAUUUCAAAAAUAAUAAAACGUGUGUCUCUACAAAGUAAUACAUUAAACAUGAGUUUAUUGCAAGUCAUUUAUCAACAGUGAAGCGUUUGAUAAGGAACAUCGUGUUGAUUUUUUUGUAUUGCUAUAGAAAAAAGUUUUACAGUUGACUGAGCUGCCCAGUUCCAGAUAGACAUUCUGAAAGCAAGAUUAAGAUGGAUAUUCUUUUUAUUGGCGUAUAAUACGAUUAUUUUAUAGAGAGAAUUGUUCUGUUUUAAUCUACACAAAGCUGAUAUCUCUAAUAUAGUCUGUUCAACAGACAUAUAGAUCUUCUAGAGACCCUCAAUUUUGUUAAGUUGACUUCUGAUUACUCGAAAUUAUCUCUAAAGAAAGGUAACUGACCAUGUUAAGUCAAGAUGUGAUGUUUAUUUUCUAUUUAAAGGAGAUUUGUGAUCAAUAAAGUAGGCUUUUUUUUUUAAUGUCAUAUUUUUCCACUAUAUAACCUAAACAGCUGAUAUUUUGAAACUCUUCCUAUAGAUAUCUCAGACUGCUUUUAAACUGAAAAUAAACGUCACUUCUAGACUUAAAAAUGGCUAGUCACUCUUCUGUAAAGGUAUUUCCGAGUGAUCAGAAGCCAACUUACCAAGACCGAGGAUCCCUGGAAAACCCUUAUAUAUUCUGAGUGCAACAAGCUAAAGAUGUCAGCUUUGUAUGGACCGAAAAAGAACAAUUUUGAAUGUUGACGUGCGUGAAUGUCCUUUUCAGCGAUACUCACACUUUCAGAACUGCACCCGCCUGCCGGAGAGUUUCCGAACUUCCACAGGGACCUGCAAAUGUUUCGACAGAUGCAGGAGGUGGCCCUGGGCUGUCGGUAGCCGAGCGUCUGAUUUUUAGGCUAGCAACCUGUCAAUUAGACAUUAAAUAUUAAUUGCUAACGAAAAGAUAUUAAACAAGUGUGUGAACGCACAAAAAUCGGUGUUUUUUGGUGGAUGGAAUGUCCUAUCAUGCUUUCACUAUUCAAGACAAAAAUUGAUCAUUAUACAAGUACAAAAAUACAAUAUUCAAAUAGUAGCAUUAUGUGAAACAGCAAUUUAUGAUUCAGGAACGAAAUCAAUUGCAGACUAUACAUUAUUAUAUAGGGUGUCCGGAAAGUCCUUAGAGUUAGGAAAAUUUUCAUAUCUCCUUUACGGCUCAACCAAACGAGCUCAUUUUUUUAACAAAGAUUGAGGCACGUUCACACUCAAAAUCCAUAUGGACAAGAGUAUUGAGAAUCUUUGUUAAGUAUCACUAUUGACCUUAACAAGAAAAUUUUACUGUUCCACAGAGAGGAAGAAAAACCAUAUACUUAACAAAGGUUCUCACUAACUUUGUCAGUAUGGAUUUGGAGUGUGGAUAUGCCUCUAUCCUGGGUAAAAAUAUCAGUUGGUUCGCUCAAGCCAUAAUGAAGAGAGUCAAUUAUCUUUUCAAUAAAGUGUCUUUUGCCCUAUCCUGUGUAAUGUUUGUUUUCCUAACUGUGAAACAGUAAAAUUUUCUUGUUGAGGUCAAUAGUGAUACUUAACAAAGAUUCUCAAUACCCUUGUCCAUAUGAAUUUGGAGUGUGAACAUGCCUCAAUCUUUGUUAGAAGAAUGAGCUCGUUUAGUCCAACCAUAAUGGAGAUAUCCAAAUUUUUGUAACUCUAAGGACUUUCCGGACACCCUAUAUUCUGGUCUUCCAAGUGUCAAUAAAACACGAUCAGCUCAAUGAGUGGCGAUUUUACUGGAUAAAAGUGCUACAAACCACUGGAAACAGUCAGGUUUAGAAUGGCAAGCGCACUAAUGAGAGAAUUAUCAAAGUUAGAUUGAAAUGUACACCAAUGGAUAUCACCAUUAUCGCAGUGUGUGCACCAGUUAAUCCAUCAAACAAAACAGUGGCCGAUAACAGUGAAAAAUUUUAUAUUGAUUCACAAGAGGCAAUGGACGGAAUAUCGAAAAAAGAUAUGAUUGUAUUAAUGGAUGAUUUUAACGCACGUGUUAGUCAACUUCAGCGUCCUACGGUAUUCCGCACUGUUGUAUCAUUUACGAUGGACGUGCAAAAUGAAAACGGUGAGAGGUAAGUUGAUUUCUGUACCGCAAACAAUCUGGUCAUAUCGAACUCAUUCUUCCAACACAAGUCAGUGCAUCAAACGUCAUGGAUGCACCCUAGAACGAAAAAAUGGCAUUUGAUAGAUUAUAUAUUGGUGAACAGAAAGUUUAGAUCAAGUAUAGAAGAUGCACGGUUUUAUAGAAAAGCAAGUGAAAGUAUCGGUACAGAUCAUCAUCUUAUGAGAUCUAAAAUUAAAUUACAUUUGAGAUCAAGAAAGAACAAUGAACAGCGCAAUCGGUUUCGACUGGAUCGUGCAAAAUUAAAUAAUGACCAUAUUGUGGAGAAUUUUCGAAAAGACAUGUCAAAAAAGCUUGAGAAAAGAAAAGAUGAUGAUAAUUGCUUGACUUAAUGGGCAAGCAUUUGAAAACAUAAAUAAUAGAUUUCAACGCAGCUAAGAUCAUCUUCUUCUUUUAUUUUAUUAUAUGCAAUUAAUCAGACAAAAAAAAAGUUAUAAUAUACCAAAAAAAAAAUAUCAACACUAAUAAUGACUCGAACUUUCGACGAUUUUAGUCGGCAUUAUCUAGAGAACAUGUAAAACAGAAUAAGAUAGAUACAAGGAGAAGAGAGAAUGUAUGAUCUUAUAUAUAUACAUAUUAUUUGCACUUAAUGUCCUAUGAGUCAUGCAAUCUAG